AUGUCCAGGGAAAAUCAGAAAGGGUCCUUUCUGGGAGCCAUCUCUUCCUGGAAUGCAUCAAGAAACACCAAGAAUACCCCCAACACCGAUGGACCAGACGUUCUUCCUAGAUCUCAAGGCGAAGAUCAUACAAUCACACACAGGCAUAGACUUAGCUUGCGCCACUACCCUCCGGAUUGUCCCCUGCUGAGGGUGAGGUGGUUUUACGCUGUUGACUCACCAAAACGGAAACCACUACUCUCAGAACACCAGAAGGAAGAACCGAAACCCUUACCUGCGCCCAAGAAGUUUGUCCCGUUUUCGUCGAAAGAUUCCCUGGCCAUUGAGUCCACUUUCCAAAAGCUCUCGGACGUCGAGAUUGCUCAAGAACAAACACGAAAGAGUGAAUUACUUCGCGAAACAAGGAAAGGGUUAUUUACAGUGCCUGUCAAUGAGGACAACCUAUUUGACGUGGACAUUGAACGAAGGGAGCUCACACCGGCGUACUGGAUAGGUCCCACCUAUGAAGUGCGCCGGGGUACAUGGUUCUUCCAAGAGGGGUCUACUUUCAAGCCGUGCGAAGAAAACCUGGCCACCCAGCUUGAGGAAGGAUAUCUCAAACUUAAACCAUGGCGCCUGGAAAAUGACCAAAGCAGACUCCCGCAGACCGUUGCAAACCCAACCCCUCAGCAUGCAGAUAGAUCAGAUGUGAACAAGUCUGGGUUGCAAUGCACACCCGAACCAUGUGCUUCGCGGCCACUUACUGGUCAGGCUGGACAUGCAACUUCUGGCCGAGUAAACGAGCCUCGGCACUAUCGUCUUUUUGGUGCUUACAUGAACUGCAUAGUGACAUAUCAGGAUUAUUCUACAGCUUUGUUGGCGAAUGACGAUUUCAUGUCACGAAUGAGCAGUACCGUGUACCAGAAAUUGGGCGGUAUACCAGGUACAAGAGUGGUGCGUGGUUUUAUCGAAACUAAAAGACAGAAGGAAACAUCGGCUGUGAAGAGUCGUGAUCAUAGCGUUGGUACAAAAUCUUCCUCCGACACCCCUAGUGCAGCCUCGACAGACCACGAGGUCAAGUCUGAUUCGGAAGUUUCUUCAGACACACGCCCUAAUGAGGAUGGGAGGAAGAAAGUGACUAAUCAGGAUGAUCCGAGGUCAACUCUGGAACGACAGAUGUCGUCCCUUGCUGGUGAACCUCAAAAUACAGCUGAGCUUGAGGAGCAAGCGCGGAAGCAGGAAGAGAAGGAAAUGGAAGACUCCAGGGAAGCAGAUGAAGAGGACAGAGAGCGGCAGAUUGACCAUUUGGUCCUUGUCACACAUGGAAUAGGCCAGCGACUUGGGUUGCGGCUAGAAAGCAUCAACUUUAUUCAUGAUGUGAAUGUUCUUCGGAAGACCAUGAAGAGCGUCUAUAAGGCUUCUCCUGAUUUGCAAGCCUUGAACUCUAGUUUCUCAGACAGUCAAAAAAACUGCCGCGUUCAAGUACUUCCGGUCUGCUGGAGACACCUCCUUGAUUUUCCCUACAGAGGAGUGAGGCAGAAUCGUAAAGAACUUGAUUUAGCCGAUGCAGACUUUCAUGACGACAGUUCUUAUCCCGGAUUGAACGAUAUUACCCUUGACAGCGUUCCCGCAGUCCGGAAUCUCAUUUCUGAUUUGGCAAUGGACGUACUCCUCUACCAAAGUGCUUAUUGUGAACACAUUUCUACCAUAGUUAAGCAGGAGUGCAAUCGGAUUCUAAAACUCUUCAAGCAGCGAAAUCCGACAUUCAAGGGCUCUGUGAGCCUCUGUGGUCAUUCACUUGGUAGCGCGAUCCUGUUUGAUAUCCUAUGCCACCAACCGUCGACUCCUCCCACCUCCGGAGAAAGGAGGAUGGACCGAGUCGGGUCUCAGGACAUUUUGCUCGACUUUGACUGCGAAGAAUUAUUUUGUUUGGGGUCUCCAAUUGCCCUUUUCCAGAUGAUAAAAGGAAACACCAUUGCUGGGCGAUCUAUGAUCGACCGGGCAAAAAUCAAGAGGUCCAAGGAGGAGUGUGAUCAUCGGAACCCAACGUCUUCUUCCUCCGCGAGCCGUGGCGCACCAGUUCAGGCGAGCACGGCGCCGAGUGGAGGGCCGACUAUCGUAUCGUCACCGAAGUGCCGACAACUCUACAACAUAUUUCACCCUUCUGAUCCCGUUAGUUACCGAAUUGAGCCGCUAAUCUCGCCGGCAAUGUCGUCGCUCAAGCCGCAGCCCUUGCCAUCGGUAAAGAAGAGCCUGUGGGCAGCUCCUGGGCAAAGCCUAUCCAUGAUUGGCAGUCGUGUUGGCCAGAGUGUUGGAACCUUAUGGACCAAUUUCGCAACCGGGGUCGCGAGCAGUCUACUUAACCGCAGCCUCGGCCUUGGUUCGGAGGAAACUUCACAAUCCACAGUGAUUGCUACCGGGACUCAAAUGCCUCGAGGAUCAUUGGCUAACUCUUCUCUUGGAGAGGAUGGUUCUUCUCGGUCUGGUUCGGGCGUUGAUAGUCAAGAAGGGUCUGCCGAUAGAUACCGUACACUGAUUGACUCGAAUCUAGAAACGCUCUACGAAGGGACCAACAGAACCAAGACUAGUCAUCACAAUGACAUUCUACAUUCCGCGGCCACUGAGUCCGCCGUUGGCCGAGAGAGCGAGGACCCAAGGGGGUUGAAGAUGGAAGAUGCUAAAAUGAGGGCACUCAAUACUAAUGGACGAGUUGACUACAGCAUCCAGGAGGGUGCAUUCGAUAUAUCUCUGAUUGCAAGCAUUGCCAGCCAUUUGACAUACUGGGCCGAUGAGGAUGUAAACCACUUCAUGCUUUCACAGAUGCUGUCAAGAAACGGUCGGCAUCGAAGUGUCAAGGACUGA